CUCCGUGUCCAUGACGCCCGCAAACAUUCUCUUCCCUCCACCGGAGCCGCUGACGACGGGGUUGGAGGCAUAGGGACUCCAGAAGCAGCCGGGGUAGGGGGUAGUGACCACUCCCCAGUCGGUCGCCACCAUGCCCAUCUCUCCGGUUAACAGCCGCAAGCAGCCGAACCUCGGGUUCACACAGAUGAGGAGGUCAAUUAGUUCUACUAACCAAGCAAAGGGAGCUCAAGCGAAAGGAUACCUUGUUGCAAACCAAAGCAGAAUGGCAAUGUCAAAAAACAUAGUGAUUCUACCUGACAUGAAAACAGAAAAAAUGAAUAUUCCUACCCCAAGGACAGGUACACAGGUGGUUGAUGCAUAUGGAGUUGAUGUUACUCCCCGACCUCUUUACCAUCCAGAUCCACAAAUUGGUACAACAAAGCCAAAUAAACUAUUGACAUCACAAGAAGGAUUAUUUUCACCAGAAUAUGUAUCUUCCUACAGCCUUUAUCAGCAUACAAUAAAUCCUAGUAUGUUAAGCCAAUUUACAAGGUCAAUUUUAGGAAGCAGUACAGUUUCCAAGUCAAGUGUAUCAACUACUGAAUCAUUUGCAGAAGACAUAGAGGAACCAUCCUAUAAACGGGAAAAGUUGACGAGUUUUACAGAUUUAAAAGCUAUGAGGACAACCCCUGGAAAAAUUGUAACAAAAGAAGACCUGGGAAAGAUUAUAGAGAUAAUACUCACAGAGACGGAAACACUGACUUUUUUAAACCUACCAACAGUCAUGGUUUCUGUAGAAUCUGAAGAAGCUGAGAAAGUAAGUCGAAGAAACAAGAAUUAUGAGAACCUUUGUAGAAAUAGGUUAGGCAAUGACUUAUAUGUUGAAAGGAUGAUGCAAACUAUUAAUGGAGCACCAAAGAAUAAAGAUGUUCAAUGUGACAAAAUCAUAAAGGAAGACAAAGGCAUAAUGUCCACUGUUUGGGAUUUGUAUGAUUCUUAUAAUGCUAUGGAGCUUUCAUCUUUACCAGUAACACGAUCUGUAAUUGAUUCAAGUAGUAAAGCAAGUAUACCUAAAGAUCGGGACCAAAGAGUGCAAGGGAGUACUACAGAAAAAAAUAGUGAAGCUAGUUCUCUGAUGGAUAUAGAAAGUGUAAUUCUGGCUAAACUCCAUGAUGAUGAAGACGACUACUCAGAAGCCAUUUUGAAAUCUGACAAGUUUCAUCAGGACUUAUUUUUUAUGGAACGAGUUCUAAUGGAAAAUGUAUUUCAGCCAAAACUUGCAGCUUAUCGUCAGCUUCCUGUUUUAAGAGAACCAGAACUUGAAGAGCCAGAGUACUUUAUAGUAGAUAAAAAACUUGAAGAGGUAGAAGAAGAGGUUAAGAAGGAAGAGGAAGAAGAAAUAGAAGUAAGUGCAGAACAAUCAACAAUACCAGCCAAUUUGAAACGACUUUGGUCCUUUUCCUGUGACUUGACCAAAGGCCUUAAUGUGAGCAGCCUUACCUGGAAUAAGACCAAUCCAGACCUUUUGGCAGUUGGCUAUGGGCACUUUGGAUUUAAAGAGCAAAGAAGAGGAUUGGCUUGCUGCUGGUCAAUAAAGAAUCCCAUGUGGCCAGAACGCAUUUAUCAGAGUCCAUAUGGAGUUACUGCUGUGGAUUUUUCUAUUGGCGCACCUAACCUUUUAGCAGUUGGCUAUCACAAUGGCACCAUUGCAAUUUACAACGUACAAAACAACAGUAAUGUUCCAGUACUAGAUAAUAGUGAAUCACCUAAAAAACAUCUGGGACCUGUAUGGCAACUACAGUGGAUAGAACAAGACCGAGGAACAACAGGUGAUGACAAAAGAGAAAUACUAGUUUCUAUAUCAGCUGAUGGAAGAAUCUCCAAAUGGGUUAUACGGAAAGGACUGGACUGUCAUGAUUUAAUGCAUUUGAGGCGAACUACUGCUAGCAGCCACAAAAGAGGGGAAAAGGAAAAAAAAGGUGAAGCUCUGAUAUCUCGACAGGCUCCUGGAAUGUGUUUUGCUUUUCAUCCCAAGGACACAAAUAUCUAUUUGGCUGGCACUGAAGAAGGUAAUAUUCACAAGUGUUCUUGUUCAUAUAAUGAACAAUACCUAGAUACCUACAGAGGACAUAAGGGUCCAGUGUAUAAAAUAGCAUGGAAUCCAUUUUGUCAUGAUGUAUUCUUAAGCUCUUCUGCAGAUUGGGGUGUUAUUAUAUGGCAACAGGAAAAUCCCAAGCCAUUUUUAAGUUUUUAUCCAACUACUUAUGUUGUUUAUGAUGUUACCUGGUCUCCAAAAUCAUCCUACAUAUUUGCAGCUGCAAAUGAAAACAGAGUGGAGAUUUGGGACCUUCAUAUUAGCACCUUGGACCCUCUGAUUGUGAAUGUUGCUAACCCUGGAAUCAAGUUCACAACUGUUCUUUUUGCCAAACAAACAGAUUGCCUUCUAGUGGGAGACAGUGAUGGACAGGUUGUUGUGUAUGAACUACGAAAUAUGCCCACUGCUUUGGAAUCUGCCCGGGGAAAUGUAAUAGAUACUUUGCUUGGACCCAAAUCACACCUACCAGGAUAAUUCAUCUUUACCAAUAUCUUUUUUUGUUGUUGUUAAAGAAAAAAGGACAGUGCUUAAUAACCAGUAGUCUGAUUUGUUUGUAGUAAGCUGGGAUUUCAAUUUUAGAGAACAAUAUUUGAUGUAUAGCUUCCAUUUCAAUUUUAUGUAAAUUUACUGAACUUUUUUUUCAGAGAUAUGUGACUAGUUUGUGAUCUAAGCUAAUUGUAACAGCUCUGUUGGGAUUUUCUUAAUUUUUCAAGAUACAUUCCUACUUUAUUUCUUAGUCAUAUUCCAAGUACAUAUAAGUACAUAUAUAUGCUUAUAAAAUAUCCAAAUAGGUUAGAAAGUUAUUAUUCCUGUAGAAGCAAAACUUGGAAAUUGUUACUUAAACUGAAAUCUUUAUAAAUGUUAAUUACUUAAACUGAAAUCUUUAUAAGACAAAGUUCCAUGGACUUUUAAAUCUACUUUCCAAAUUCUUUUUUCCAGGGUUUAUCAACUCUGCAGGUAUUAGUAUUAUGAGAAUUUUGGAUUCUUACACCUAAGUUUAAGUCAGAAUUCUAUCCUCUUAGAUCUGAAUGCUGAAGCUGUAGAACUUUGUUAGACUAUUUGACAACCAAAAGCAGGUAGCCAAUGUCAGAAAUGCUAGCUUGGCCAACAGUAAUCACACUUUUAAAUGACUGAGAAGAGUUAGUCUAGGACACAUCAGGGUACCCUCCUCUGCUUACUCAAAAUCCAUUCUCGGUUUUAAGCCCAGAUGUACGUGUCCCAGAAAGAAAAUGAAAGUUCCUGAAAUACAGUUUGCAUCAGGAUAAAAUUACUUUAUGAAGGGUUCUAGAGCAAGCUUGUGGAAAUGAGUGGGAGGCAAGAGCUCCUCCAAAUCAGGAUUGGUAAAAGUCUAUUUCAUGCUGUUCAUUUGAACAAUUUCUGGAUUUUGUUAACUGACACCAUAGGACAGUAUGACAAAUUCUAUAAAGCAUUCUAAGUGGAGAAGGGAGGAUAAGGCAUUUAAAAUUCACUAAAUUCUCUUAAAAAAUAUAUCUAUUAAAAACUGAGAAUGGAAUCAGUGGAACAGUGGGAACAUCUUUUCACAAGUAUCCAUUUUUUGUUUAAAGGAGCCAUCUGUUAAACAAAAGCAAGACAAUUUUUAGAUGGACUGAGACCUUAGGUCAGGUUAUAAGGAUUAUAAAUGUUCUACUGGUAUAAAUUAUUGUGGUUCUUAUCUUUGUCUUUCUGAAAGGUUGCACUUUCUGUAACACUUUGUAUAACAAUAAACACUUGAUUUAAUUGAAAAAAA